CAAAACCCUAAACCCCAAAUAGACGGAAGGUUCACAUCGCCAGCUUCAAUGUCAGCAGAAAGCACCAUUCGAAUUGGGUUCCAAAACUGACAAACGCCAAGAUCUCUCUUUUACUGUUUCAUACUUGAUAGACACAUUUGGGUUCUCCCCAGAAGUUGCUCUCUCUUUGUCCAAGAAGCGAAAUGUGCACUUCAAAUCCCCUGAAAAACCAAACUCGGUCGUUCAGACUUUCAAGGACUAUGGAUUCUGUGACACCCAUGUCUCCGGAAUGGUCAAGCAACUCCCAACUAUUCUCAGUUGCAAAGCUGAACAGACCCUUGUCCCCAAACUCGAGUUUUUCAAUUCUAUUGGCAUAUCAGGCACUACGCUGUCUAAGGUUUUAUAUAUGAACCCGGCACUCUUGAGGUUUAGCUUAGAGAAUAGUCUCAGACCUUUUUAUGAUAUCACCAAAGCUUUACGGAUCCCCCGCAGAAAGCUCCCUCAAUUCUUUCGUGACUAUAGGCGGAUGGAUUACAAAAAAAUGUGUAUCGUUGCCGGCAACACUUCGAUUCUGAGAGCACAUGGUGUGCCAGACUUCAAACUUCGUCUGUGGAUGUCCAGUAAUUUCAAUGCACUGUUAUUAGACUCCGAGGAGGUCGAAGAAAAUGUCAACAAAGUCAUGAGCAUGGGAUUCAGACCUUUAUCUGCCACAUUCAUGAAAGCGCUGUAUGUGAUAUCAAGGAUGGAUGCAUUGAAAUGGCAAGAGAAGAUGGAAUUAUAUAGGAAGUGGGGUGUAACUGAAGAUGCUGUAUUGUCUGCAUUUAGAAAGAGUCCCUUGUUUAUGAUCUUGGAUGAGAAGAUUUUAUCAAGCAAGAUGGAUUAUUAUGUGAAUACAAUGGGGUUGCUGCCCUCAGAGGUUGUUGGAUGUCCAGCUAUUCUAUCUUUUAGUUUGGAGAAGCGAAUCAUACCUCGGUGUUCAGUCGUUAGACUUCUCCAGUUACAGGGCUUAGCCAUCAAGUUUUCUAACAUUACCAUUCUGCAGAGAACCGAGCAGUGGUUCUUGGAAAAUUUUGUGAUCAAAUAUCAAGAGCAAGUACCUGAAGUAUUGAGCUAUAAAGGGGAAAGUGGUUGUACUAAUUUGGCAUAAGAAUUAGGGGAAAGAGUUGGAGUGAAGCAAUAAGAGUACAGUGUGCCAUUCUGCAUUGUAUUUGGUGGUUCAGAUGGUGGAUAGUCAAAUCUCGCUCCUUUGGAUAUUACAGUUUCAUUUUUAUUGCUAUGAUCUGUCUUUCAAAGAGGAAAUUUUAAAUGGCUGGCAGAGAAAAAUGCACACUACUAUGUAAGACGGUAUCUGCUGUCCUCAGGUCACUUGUUUCUUGAAGAUGAAUUCUUAGAGUCAGAGAGCUGGGUGUGGAAAUCAGGUUGCAUUUUCUUACUGAACUUGUUAUUAGCAGUUAUAUUUGGAUUGUUUUCUCUAAACUGUUUUAGCUCUCUUAUUAAUAAAACCUAUGAACAGUUGAACACCAAAAGUCCCAAGCCGUAUAUGGCUUACAUUUCUCUUCAUUUCAAGCAACUGUAUGACACUCAUGUAUAAUUGAUGCACUGCUAUUAUAGGAUCAGUGAGCUUGGUA